GUAUGGGGAAGUAACUCUGCGUUUAUAGAUUAAUUCAACUUUAGUUUCAGCGGGACAUAGCUUAACGUUCUUAUCUAUUGUCAAUUGGAUAGUAUACAUUUAUUCACACGUGUCCUUUAGUGUUGCUUUUUGUAACGAUGAAAGUGUUUGUGUAUGGAACAUUGCAAAGAGGUCAGCCGAACUUUCAACUGUUUGACGACACAAAAGAUGGUUGUUAUAAAUCUUUAGGUGUUGGAAUGACCACCAAGAAGUACCCACUGGUGAUAGCCUCGAAGUUCAAUAUUCCGUUCAUGUUACCUGUUGAGGGAACCGGCAAUAAAAUCAAGGGCGAGGUGUACGAAGUUGAUGACCGGAUGUUGGAGGUCUUGGACGAACUUGAACGUCACCCAACCUUCUACCGUCGCGAGAUGAUCCCUGUCACAAGUGAGGAUGGUUCGACUGUAGAUUGUGGCUGUUAUCUCCUGUUCAACUUUCGGGAGGAUCUGUUAAAGCUGCCCUUUUAUGACACUUAUGAUUCCAACGGUUCACAUGACUUGCCAUACGUACCCAGUAGCUCAAGGGAUGUCGGAAAGAAUUACAAUUUGAUUUCCUCGGUGAAAAAUGUCGAUUGAUUGAAUUCGUAACCGCUUUUACCUCAUAUUGGGAAUAUCCUUUAUGUAUACGUCAAGUUGUUACUCUAAAAUUAGGACACCAAUUAGUGUCCACGGCAACUGAUGCACAACAGAAUGAAGAUGCGUAAAAACAUUCUAACUUGAAUUAGUAUGGUCAAUGAAAACGCGGGGAUAGGGUCAGUCCCCUUGGCCAAACCUAUUAAAAGAAUAUAUAUCCAUACUAUAUUAUAUGCCCACAAAUUGUAUAUAUCGUUAUGGGGGUGGGGGGAGGGUUCAACCUUUUCCAAGCUGUGACACAGAAAUUAAGUUCCUAUUGAUGGGGCCAGACCCCGGAGUCAAUUCUUAUAUCAUGUUUGUGUUCAUCUUAUGGCUCAACCAUCCCCGCUCCCAGGGGUACCCCCCACCCUGCCCGUUACCGACCGGGAGUUCAUUUGUCCAAUUUUGAAUCCCCACCACUUGAGUAUGCUUCCAACCAAAUUUGGUUUAAUCAGCGAUGAAGUCGUUUGAAGAAUGACGAAUGAUGAAGGCAACAGUAUGGCAAAAGGUUACCUCGGUCCUUCGAACCAGGUGAGCUACAAUCACCACUGACAAUGUAAAAGUAUUUGUGAAAAUGCUUAAUACAGUAACACUUAAAUAAAACUUCGGAUUUUAUUAACAAAGUACUUAAUUAUUUACUGUACAUUUAUUGAUAAAGACCUUAAGUUUUUAACCAAAAGUAUAUUUUUACAUUUUAAAAUCCAUGAAAAUGUUCCGGGUGAAGAAUGAAGUAUUACUAACGGGGACACUAUUUUAUGUAUUUUAAUGAUAGAUUUCUAAAGAAUGGCGAACCAAUUUUGCCAGCAAUUUUGCAAUGGCUGGAAUAAGAAAAUUGUUUUUUAUCUGUCUUGCCUAUCAAGAUCUGUCUGAAAUCACGAGUGUGUCGAGUGUUUGUCUGUCGCCUAUUUGUUAUUCACAUUAUAGCUAGAUUUGAUAUUAUGUUACACCUAGUCGUCUUCCAUUGUAUAGCAUAUAAUAUUGUUUUACAAAGUGAAAGAGCGUGCAUAAUGUUAAUGUAAUUUAUGCCCAAUUCCUUUGAUGUAUAUAAACUACAACACCUUACCUUUGAAGCGAUACCGACGUUUCCUAGGGUACGUGCUAUUGAGAUUGUUCACGGAUAGAAAAAUAAUAUGGAUGGAAAUUUGUUAUUCGUUUUUAAUAAUGUCAUGCAUGCGUUGCAUUCCUCCAGAUUAUAAAUAUUUUUCGAAGAAUUGCCAUACAUGUAUUGGAACAGAGUCGAAACCUUUUAUUCUAUUUACGAAUGAUAAUGGUGAUAAAGUACAAACGUUUCCUAAAACCACACGUAUUUUUUAUUUAUGUGUUUUACAAGAAAAAUUCAAAUGUCGGAAAGCUACAGAAUUCUAAGAUAAAUAGUUUUUCUGUCAUACUUUUGAAACUAUUUUCACUACCGUGUGGUCUUAUGUUGCACGUAAUUCCAUUUUUUACGAAAAUGAAGUCAAAAUGAUCGGUCAAGAUGAUUGGUCAAAAUGAUUGGUCAAGAUGAUUGGUCAAAAUGAUUGGUCAAGAUGAGUAUGAAUUAUGUCAUGUGUAUGAAAGUGAGAUUGAGACUUUUCAAUGCUUGUUUUUAUUAUGUUCAAAACUAAAUGAAUUUGUUUUAUGUCGAGAGUUUAUUUAAAAAAUUGGUAUAAAUUUAUCAAAUAAAAAGUGGCGUCGAUUAUUUAAUUUAUAUUAUUUGCGGAAGCUUGUCCUUCUUGAUUGAACAGGAAAAGCAAAGAAUGCCAAACUAAGUAUAUAAAUGUAUGUAUAUCUCUACCCUUGGGAGUUGUUUCUGUAUUUUCAAGAGACGGAAUUUGUUUAUGAAUGCCAUUUCAAAUAUUGACUUUCAGCUGUUCUUUUGUUACAAAUUUCUCAAAUAUUUCACGUAAAACAGAUUUUAUUAUCAAAUGAAAAAGAAGAAAAGAUUGUUCAUCAAGUGAUUUGCUUUGGUUUAUUUUAUUGAUCGUCCUAUUAACAGCUAAAGUCAUUUAAGGACGUGCCUUCAUGCGUGUUAUGUAAACGUGCAUGUGUGUUUGUGUGCCGGAGACAGGGGUUGUUCAUCAAAUAUAGGUUAACAAAUAACAUGUCCGUUAAAGAAAACUAUGCUUUGAUAUGAGUUCCAUAAGGAUGAUUUAGUAAGUAAUAUUAUUGAAUUUGUAAAUAUGACACAAACGUGAUUUGUGACUGUUCAUGUUGAAAUGUGAUAUGUAAUUCUAUAGUACUGUUUGAAUACAUGAUUAUGUGCACUGUGCGGAACCACAUGAGCCCCAACCCCUAAAAUCUUAUGGCUCACCGCUGGGAUAAUAAAUGAUAUAUUUCUAAGAAGAAGAAAAACACUCCGAUACGUCUUUUUUCUGUCUCUGCCGAAAUGACUCCGAGGAUCCGUGGAAAAUGAGGUUUCCAACAAUCAACCCGAGACCUUCAGAAAGUAAGAUUUGAAAUGGAAACUUUAAGGUCGCUUCAAAAAGCAAGUGAUUCAAAGUUAGGAAGUAUUAUAAAAUACCAAGGGGGACACACAUUACUUAUUACGGAUAAAUUAUCCAUGAAAUAACUGCUAGAAAGCAUACUAUUUUUUUGUUGCUGAAAUUAAUAUUCCGUCAGAGUUGCAAGUGCGAGACGAACCGCAAAGCAAGCUGAUAUUAUCUUUAGGUCACUUUUAUCGAGAUACUUAUGAUAUAUAUAUAUGAUUUAGCUGGGUAGCAAAUAAAACACAUGUACAGUACUAAUGUCU